AUGGCUGCUCCUAAUCCUCGACCGGAACCUCAACCACUUAACAGACCAGUCAACGAUGAGAUGUUGAUGAAACGUGAAAAUACGGCGGAGAAUGUACGUGCUACGUAUUUCGAAGCUGGUCUUGGAGCUUGUGGAUGGUGGAAUAGUAACGAUGAUCAUAUCAUCGCUCUCAACUCUGCGCAGUUCAAUAACGGAGAACAUUGCGGUAAAUGGUUGGGAAUUUGGAACCCUGAAACGCAAAACAUCCAAUAUGGUUAUGUGGCCGAUGAAUGUCCAAGUUGCGGUUGGGGUGAAUUAGAUCUUUCGCCAAGCCUCUUCGGAGCUCUUUCUAACGACAACUACGACGAAGGGGUUUUCAACAUGAAUUGGUGGUGGACCGGUUAA